UGUUGCCGGUGUCGUGCGCGCAAGAUGGCGGCGGCCAAGAGGCAGCGUGGAGCCGGGCCGGGCCCCAAGAAGAAACGCGCCAAGAGGGAUACGAGGGCGGGGGAAGGGAAAGAGCCGUCUUCGGCAGCCGAGGCGGGGUCUGAGGAGCACCGCGUUCCGCCGCCUGUCUCGCAGGGCAAAUGGAAGAACAAAGAGAGAGUGCUCAUUUUUUCUUCCAGAGGAAUAAAUUUUAGGACCAGACAUCUAAUGAAGGACUUGCGAACACUGAUGCCCCAUUCUAAAGCAGACACCAAAAUGGACAGGAAGGACAAACUUUUUGUAAUCAACGAGGUCUGUGAAAUAAAAAAUUGCAACAAAUGCAUAUUUUUUGAAGCAAAGAAGAAACAGGAUCUUUACAUGUGGGUUUCUAAUACACCUCAUGGUCCAUCAGCCAAGUUUUUAGUACAGAAUAUUCACACACUGGCAGAGCUGAAGAUGACUGGCAACUGCCUGAGAGGUUCCCGCCCCCUUCUGUCUUUUGAUUCAGCUUUUGACCAGCAGCCACAUUAUGCGUUGCUGAAAGAGUUGUUUAUUCAGAUUUUUAGUACACCACAGUAUCAUCCCAAAAGCCAGCCGUUUGUAGAUCAUGUUUUCACGUUCUCCAUAACAGACCACAGGAUUUGGUUUCGGAAUUAUCAGAUCACAGAAGAAGAUGCAACUCUUGUUGAGAUUGGACCUCGCUUUGUCUUAAAUCUUAUCAAGAUGUUUCGGGGCAGCUUUGGGGGACAAACCUUGUAUGAAAAUCCCCACUACCAGUCUCCAAAUAUGCAUCGGCGGGAAGUAAGACUGGCCACAGCUGCUAAAUUCAGAGAGAAACAGCAGAUGAAAAAUCUGCAAAAAUUGAAAAGAAAGGAAGAGAAGCCCCUCAUUCCUGAAGAUCCCACUGAAGCAGUUUUUGAAACGCCAGCAGAAGAAAAGCCCGUGGAAAUUCAGUUUGUGAGACCAGAACCAAAACCUAGCUUGAAGAAGAAGCAGCACAAACCAUAUCAACGACAGAGGAAGCUGAAGGCCAAGCUUUGUAGAACAAGCAUAGGCCAUUCAAAGGAAAAAUAAAUCAGGACUGGAUAAAUCAGACAUGUUUGCUACAUUUUUGUGGCUAAUUUGAGUAUCGUAACUUUUAAAAGACUCUAUAUCCAUGUCAUCAGUUUUGAAAUUUUUUAAAAGAAAGGAUGUUUUCUAAAAAACAUUUGGUUUUUUUAGUAAAAUGUGUUAAGGGUCCUAAAAUUAUUUUUGUGGACUAUUAAAAAAGCAUCAAUUCAUUGUGCCAAGAACCAAAUCACAGUUCCAUAACUCUUUUAAAAAUUAAAAACAUUUAGACUAAACUCUAGCAACAUGGCAUGAUGGUAAGAGUAUUCCCACUCUGAGUGAUUUAUAAAUCAUUGGAACGGAUUUUUUUGUGUGCGGAACAAAAAAUCCACCUCAAACGAUUGAUAAAGUGCAUUGAAAGUGCAUUGUCCAACGUGUGCGGAAUCAGCCUCUGUCAACUACAUCUGCAAUUUUAAUGAUCAGACGCACAUAAAUUGAAUUUCCUGGCUCUGAA